UGGUUUGCUGAUGCACAGAAGGAAUUACAGAGAACUCUACGAGCCAAGACAAAUACUAACAUUGCUAAGAACGUGAUAUUAUUCGUGGGAGACGGGAUGGGCGUUAGUACGGUGACAGCUGCCCGGAUACUCAGAGGUCAACUGCAAGGUCACACGGGGGAGGAAACUGUGUUAGAGUUUGAGAAAUUUCCUCAUGUGGGGAUGUCCAAAACGUACUCCGUUGACAAACAGACUUCCGACUCCGCUGCUACAGCUACAGCGCUUAUGUGUGGGGAGAAAACGAAAGGUUACACGGUCGGGAUCAACGACAAUGUCGAAUUCAACAACUGUUCAACUCAGCCUGGAAAUGAACUCAGCUGCAUAACAGAUUGGUUCCAAGAUGCAGGACGUUCGUCAGGAGUUGUAACCACUACAAGGGUUACUCACGCCACACCAGCAGCGGCCUACGCUAAAAGUCCCAACAGGAACUGGGAGGGUGACAGUGCGAUGAAUAAUGCGGGAGUUUCACUGGAAGGUUGCAAAAAAGACAUUGCACAUCAGCUUGUAUUCAACAGUAACCUAAAGGUCAUCCUGGGAGGCGGACGAAUAUAUUUCCUUGACAACAGUACUUUGGAUCCUGAAUAUGGAAAUCUCACAACUGCAUACCAUCGUCAGGACGGCUUAAAUCUUAUCAAUAAAUGGAAAAAGAAGUAUAAGAACGAACGGUCUAGAUAUAUCUGGAAAAAGUCCCAGUUUAACAGUGUUCACCCUGCAAAGACUGACAGACUCCUGGGACUGUUUGAAGCGUCCCAUAUGCAGUACGAAUUAGACAGAAGUGCGGACCUGGCCGGUGAGCCGUCACUGGCGGAAAUGACGACGAAAGCUAUUAAUAUUCUCAAGAAGGAUAAAAAAGGAUUUUUCUUGUUGGUUGAAGGUGGAAGAAUAGACCACGCCCACCAUGCAAAUAAUGCCAUAAGGGCUUUGUAUGAUGUGUUGGCAUUUGAGGAUGCUGUGAAGAGGGCAGUCCAACUGACCAAUGAGAAAGAGACUCUCAUAAUAGUUACAGCUGACCAUUCCCAUGUGUUCACUAUAGCAGGUUACCCAUCCAGAGGAAAUAACAUACUAGGAAUUAUGGACGGACCUUAUCCCGUCCCAACUGACGGUGUGCCCUUCACGACACUUUCUUACGCAAACGGGCCUGCAUAUCGAGACGGACCUCGCGACAUCUCCAACGUCAUCAAUUCUACAUUCAUCAACUAUCAACAGGAAACCACUAUCCCCAUAGAUUCCGAAACACAUGCCGGAGAAGACGUUUCUAUCUAUGCCCGAGGACCCAUGUCUCACCUUAUACAUGGCAUUCAUGAACAGAAUUACAUCGCGCACGUGAUGGCAUAUGCCGCGCGUGUAGGUGUUUGCACAUUUGACAAAAAUGAAGUGAAAAACAGAAAAUCAGAUUCUAAUACAUAA